AAAAGAAGAUAAGGAGGCCCACCGGGCAGCGACUGUUCUCCGCACCGGCAAUCCCAACGGCCAUGGCCUUCGCCGCCGUCCUCCGCGCCGGCCUCCUCGCGGUGCCCCUUCCGCUAUCCGCCUCUUCGCCGCCGCCAUUCUUCGCCACUUCGGACUACGCCCGUGUACCGCGCCUCACAGCAGCUGCACGCGCCGUACGGUACCGGCGACGGGGCCGGCCGAGCCGCGCGGCCGCGGCGAUCACCGCGUCGCUCGACCUCACCGAGGACAACGUCAGGCUCGCCCUAGAAGAAGCCAAAUCCGAGCUUGGGCAGCUGUUCGACACGUCGGUGGGAAUCACAGGGCAAGUCGAUCUCGCGGAGUUGGACGGGCCGUUCGUGAAGCUCCGGCUCAAGGGCAAGUUCUGGCACACCCGCUCCACCGUGGUCGCGAGGAUCGGCAACUACCUCAAGAACCGCAUCCCGGAAAUAUUGGAAGUGGAGAUAGAGGACGAGAAACAAUUGGAUGAUAGCCCGGCUGCUUUCUGAGGUGCUUGCAAAGAAGCAGCUGCAUGGUAUUGUUGCGGGGACCUACUUUUGGAGAAGUGUAGUGGUUUUUCUUUCUAGGAUCAUCAUCUUGUGUCUGAAAAGGGUCAGCUAUGAUGCACUCCUGCCCUUGAUUAUAUAUUUAAGUCACCACUGUCUUGCAAACUAAUGAUGUGUUGAAGAAUUUGUGCUCAUCAUAUAUCGUUUGAAAUACUGUUUUCAUCAGUA